AUGGAAAAUUUUGAUCCAAAAUUGGCUUGGGGACGCUUAGCCGUUCUCUCUUCUCACCUUUUGGCUUCGGUUAAUCUAAACGAUCCCGUUUCUGCGGGGUUUGUCGAAGCUUCGAGCUGCUCCGCUGCUGUGGUGCCGCCACCGAAUCUGAAAGGUUCGUUGACUAUAAUCGACGAGCGUACCGGUAAAAGGUACCAGGUCCAAGUCUCCGAAGAAGGCACCAUCAAAGCUACCGACUUGAAAAAGAUAACAACAGGUAAGAAUGACAAGGGGCUCAAGCUUUAUGAUCCAGGGUAUCUUAAUACGGCUCCUGUGAGAUCGUCAAUUUGUUACAUUGAUGGUGAUGAAGGAGUUCUUAGAUACAGGGGUUACCCAAUUGAGCAGCUGGCUGAGGGAAGUUCCUUCCUGGAAGUGGCUUAUCUUUUGUUGUAUGGGAACUUACCAUCCGAAAAUCAGUUGGCAGACUGGGAGUUUGCUGUUUCACAGCAUUCAGCUGUACCACAAGGAAUAUUGGAUAUCAUACAGGCAAUGCCCCAUGAUGCUCACCCAAUGGGUGUUCUUGUCAGUGCAAUGAGUGCUCUUUCUGUGUUUCAUCCUGAUGCUAAUCCAGCUUUAAGGGGCCAAGACAUUUAUAAAUCUAAACAAGUGAGAGAUAAACAAGUAGUACGCAUACUAGGAAAGGCGCCAACAAUUGCUGCUGCAGCUUAUUUGAGGAUGGCAGGAAGGCCACCUGUUCUACCAUCUAGCAAUCUUUCAUACUCAGAGAACUUCUUAUAUAUGCUUGAUUCCUUGGGCAAUAGGUCUUAUAAACCCAAUCCUCGACUUGCUCGUGUUCUCGACACUCUUUUCAUAUUACAUGCAGAACAUGAAAUGAACUGUUCCACUGCAGCUGCACGACACCUAGCUUCAAGUGGUGUUGAUGUAUACACAGCCCUUUCUGGAGCCGUUGGAGCUCUAUAUGGUCCUCUUCAUGGUGGAGCAAAUGAGGCUGUGCUUAAGAUGUUGAGUGAGAUUGGAAGUAUUGAAAAGAUACCGGAGUUCAUUGAGGGUGUGAAGAACAGGAAGCGUAAGAUGUCUGGUUUUGGGCACCGUGUCUACAAAAAUUAUGAUCCCAGAGCAAAGGUCAUUAAGAAACUUGCAGAAGAAGUAUUUUCCAUUGUUGGCCGAGAUCCUCUGAUAGAGGUGGCCAUAGCUUUGGAGAAAGCUGCCUUAUCAGACGAGUAUUUUGUGAAGAGGAAGUUGUAUCCCAAUGUUGAUUUCUACUCCGGGUUAAUUUAUAGGGCAAUUGGUUUUCCCACGGAGUUCUUCCCUGUUUUGUUUGCAAUUCCUCGAAUGGCUGGCUAUUUAUCUCACUGGCGAGAGUCUCUGGAUGAUCCCGAUACAAAAAUCAUGCGACCAGCACAGGUGUACACUGGUGCAUGGAUGCGGCAUUAUACGCCACUGAACGAACGGAUGGUGUCAACUGAAGCAGAUAAACUCGGGCAAGUGUCCGUUUCUAAUGCUACCAGGAGGCGACUAGCAGGAUCCGAGGCCUAG